AGUUGGGAUAAAUUCUCAUCGUUCUUGGACCUUAGAUGCCGCAUGAUGGAAAAUUUGGAAUACGCUAUGGUAAACCAAGCACCUAGCAAGCAGAAAACCCAGAUGACAUUAGUGUUCUUACUCCUGCACACUUUCUCAUUGGAUCUACAUUCACUGCAAUGGAUGAGCCUGAUGUCACCCAUCUGAACAUCGAUCGCUUGAGCCGGUGGCAGCGCGUAUGCCAAAUGCAGCAAACCUUCUGGCGCAAAUGGAGCGCCGACUACCUUUCGCUGCUGCAGGAGCGGACUAAAUGGCGCCUUCCUGUGAGCAACGUACCGGCAGGCAGCAUGGUCCUCAUCAAGGAGGACAACGUACCCCCUUUGCGGUGGCGCCUCGGCAGGGUCGAGAGCACCGUCGCCGGAGAGGACGGCGUCGAACGAGUUGCAGUCAUCCGAACCAACUCUGGACUAUGCAAGCGGGCAAUAAGGAAGCUUGCGGUACUGCCUCUGGAAACCACUUCACUUGGAAGCAUGACUCUUCCAACGGGGGCAGCAUGUCGGGAGCAGCCGCAGCAAUCAACUUAA